AUGCUUUCUCCCUUUUUAGAUCUCUCCGGAGAGACUGUCCCUCUUGAGCGAGUCCUUGGAUCUGGAUCCUCAGCGGUUGUGGUGUUACGUGACGGCCUGGCCGUUAAGACGCCCCUGACAUAUUGUUGGAGCUCAGAUGUACAGGCCGAGAUGAACAUUGAAGUCAUCCAACGUGAACAAGAUGUCUAUCGUCGCUUCCAAUUGUCCAAUCCCCAAUGUGGUGGUAUUGUCAAGUGCCUUGGUUUCUUAAAGGAAGCCACCCAACCUGCUUACAUGGCAAAUGGAGAUCUUCGCACAUAUUUAGAAACCAACCGGCCACCCCAACAGCUCCAACUCUCGUGGUUUCUUGAAAUGGCUCGCACACUCGAGUAUAUCCACGAUAAACAUGUGCUUGUAGCAGACAUUGCUAGUCGGAACUUUCUCCUCGAUUCAGAUAUGACAAUCAAAUUUUGCGAUUUCUCCGAAGCAUCUCUUCUUCCCUUAGAUGUCGAUAUGGAUACUGUCGAUGAUGACGGAUACACGACUCGAAUAGACCUCGGCUUCCUUGGACAGUUAUCUAUGAAGUUGUGA